UUUUGUCCUAUAGUCCUUUCACCAUAUCGAUCUGCCUCUAAGCUCUUUCCACAAAACCCCACUUUACCAUUCACAUGGCCACUCCACUCCUACUCGCCACGCCACCGCUCAUGAUUCGUACGCCCCUCCCCUUACUCCACUUGAAGAGUGACCUCCUCCGAUUCACUCUAACAGCUGCACUCGCACGCCACCUCCCAUGCUUCCUUCACUCCUAUCGUCGCUCCUUUCGUUCCAAAGAGCUAUUCUCUUAUGUGCCUGGCCCAUUCCAGUUUUAGCUCCAGCUUUUGGACGUCGGAGAAAUUCCUUGGUCUCUUGGUGAACGCCGGUGAAGUGUUUCAGAAGCGGUGGAUGGAGGACUAUGGGGGGGUCUGCAAACGAAGAGGGUCGGGAAGAGGUUGGAGAGGACGGCGGCCGCGGCGGUCAGAAUCACAUCCAACGAAGACCAGAGCAGAGUCCCGCAGCAUCCACAGUGAAAGGAAAUUGAGGUCACUGAGUGUCAUUCAAGCUCAUAUAAGAGGUACAGGCAGCUGCAAGUGAAGAAGCCUCCAAGGAUGGUGUUGACGUUCAUCAAUUCCUCUUAGGUGAUUUACGGUCAUUUUACUAGCCCCACUUCCCACCUGCAGUUGCUUGGCUUGGACAUGGACGAUGAGCAGAUGGCAAAUUUCAAAGGAACACUAAAUGGUUGACUCCUUCCUCACAAUUGGUGCCAGAUUCCCCACAUACAGAGUGAGUCCAUCCUAUUUUACUUGACUUUAAGUUUUUGGCUUGCUUUUAGUCUUUAAAGAAUGGACAGAGUACAACAAUUGACAUUUCUACUUUGUUUCUUUGUGAUUACAUUGAAAAAAAAUGUAACUAUAGAAAGAAAUGAUCAUCGAGUUUGAACCUUUCCUAAUUGUUGCUUAUGCUUUCACACUAACCAAAUUCAUUUGUUGUUUCUUUUAAACUUACAAGGCUCAUUCAUUCCUGACCACCGUAGGCAAGCGAAAACCCUGAUUCAACCGCACACCUACUAUAAACAUAUGCCAUGUUUGUUUCGAUUCGUAAGCUAAAAGAUUAGCAAUACAAUUCAUACAUUUCUCUUGCUGUACUUUUGACCCUACUGUCUACUGUCCUCUCCUUACCUC